CGUCAACUUCCAAACAACAAACAUGGCGUCUUCUUCAAUCACUACGCCGUUGCUGUUUUGUUUAGCAUCGUUUUCUUUGCAAAUCAGCUCCUCCAGACUUUUAUCCGAGCCUUGUUACAAACCCAUCAGAGACGACAGACCAGACUCUGUCAGGACACAUGCCCGCCCACAUGAGUAUGUGAAGGUGUCUGACCUUCCUCCGUCCUGGGACUGGAGGAACAUCGAGGGGAAGAACUAUGUGAGCGUCACACGGAACCAGCACAUCCCUCAGUAUUGCGGGUCCUGCUGGGCCAUGGGAGCCACCAGUGCAAUAGCUGACCGUAUCAACAUCAAGCGUGGAGGAGUGUGGCCGUCGGCGUACCUGUCAGUCCAGAACGUGAUCGACUGCGGGAGGGCGGGCUCUUGUUACGGAGGAGAUCACAUGAGAGUCUACUCCUACGCUCACCAGGAAGGCAUUCCUGAUGAAACAUGCAACAACUACCAAGCAAAAAACCAAAAGUGCGAGCAGUUUAACCAGUGUGGCACCUGCUCCUUCUUUGAGUCGUGUGCCGUGGUGAAGAACUACACUGUGUGGAAAGUGGGCGACUACGGAGAAGUUUCUGGAAGGGACAAGAUGAAAGCUGAAAUUUACACCAACGGGCCCAUCAGUUGCGCCCUGAUGGCCACCGGCGGCCUGGAGGAAUACUCCGGAGGGAUCUUCUCAGAGUUUCACCCUCUGUCUUUGCCCAAUCACAUCAUCUCUGUGGCGGGCUGGGGUGUGGCGGAGGACGGGACAGAGUACUGGAUCGUCAGGAACUCCUGGGGAGAGUUUUGGGGAGAACACGGCUGGGCGAGAAUAGUCACCAGUGCCUUUAAAGGAGGGAAAGGCAAAUGGUUCAACCUGGGGAUUGAGAAAAACUGUGCAUAUGCAGACCCUAUUGUAACAUAAUUAAACUAAUAAAAAAGACACUAGUUUUGUCAUGGAUCUUUUUUUUUUGUAAAACCCCUGUAAAUUAAAAUGGACUAGUUCAGUGAUUUAGCAAAUAAAUGUAUAUGUUUUCUUUUUGAAAAAUGACUAUAAUUACGUAUCUCUCUUGGCCAGGAGCAGUAGAUUCAUGGAGUCUCAGCUUGUUGGUUCAGGCAAUGAAACAGUUUGGCACACAACUCCAACUAAAAAACCACAACAUGCCUUUUGUACACUUUUGGUUUUUGUGCUUAGUAAGCAAAUUAUACACAAUGUGUUAAUUAGUGAACUUUAAAGGAUUUAGUUACCUGCAGACAAAGCUGUUUCCAGUCUUUGUGCUAAGCUAAGCUUAUUGGCUGCUGGCUCCAGUUACAUCACAGUCAGAAACACUAUUGAUCCCUGAGGGGAAACUGCUUUGUUACAAUUGCUGCUGUAUAAGAAAUACAAAUAAGUAAGUAUGUACAUAAAAUAAAUAUUAAAACACAAUAUAAAAUAAAAAUCUGAAGUUAAUAGAGAUUUGUACAAAUGGAAAUAAAAUAGAAAUAUGGAAAUGAGAAUAGUAUCAAACUUUUUCUCCAACUUUCUACAAGAAAAAUGAAUAUUUCCCAAAAUGUCAGACUAUUUUUUCGUUCAAUGAAGAGUUAAGCUCCUUUUUGGUGUCCAUUAAUGUGCUAAACUUGUAAUUAACGCAUUUAUGUUUUUGUAAUUUAUAGAGACAAAUAUGAAGAUUUAUUACUAUUUUAUUGGUAAUCAUGCAACACCUAAAGGAUAAACACAUGUAUUCUCUUUCACUAUAAUUGAGAUGCUUGCUGCUGAUGUACCCUUUAUUUAUUUUUACUUAUUUGAUUUAUUUUUUUAUAUAUUUAGGAUUUAAG